AUGGGUCGCCUGAACGUGGACACUACAGUGGGAGGAAACCACCAGAGAUAUUCGUUUAUGGAAACACCACUCGAAAUGCACCCAUCAUCCUACGAACGGGAUUUAGCCUCGCCUCCCCCAGCGGACCAGAGUGCGCCCCCGCACCAUCCCGCAGUGGAAGGAACCCCGAAAGAGCACCAGCGAGCAUGGUCAUAUGCGCCGAGUGAGAAAGAGCAAUUUCAGCAUCAGGGAAUAAUCCCGGAUUAUGCGAACUGUCCCCCCAUCGAGCAACACCCGGCCAAUUAUGCGCCUUUGGUGCAUAAUCAGCAGCAGCAGCAACAACAACAGCAGCAACAACAACAGCAGCAACAACAACAGCAGCAACAACAACAGCAGCAACAACAACAGCAGCAACAACAACAGCAGCAACAACAACAGCAGCAACAACAACAGCAGCAACAACAUAACACUUCAAUGUCUCCUCAGUCGUACGCAAUUGCGCCCGAGCAUCAGCAGCACGCCGCUCAAGCUUAUACCCCAUCCUAUACCGUCCAGUCGUAUGCAAACAUAGCCGAACAGCAAAGUCACACCAUGUCUCCUCAGACAUAUGCGACUCAGUCGUAUACAAACAUACCGGAGCAACAGCAGCACCAGUGGCACCAACAGAUAGACAUGACCAUAUCUCCUCAGUAUGCGAACGUACCUGAACAACAACAGUACAGCACCCCGAUGUCUUCCCAUUCGUACGUGAGCCAUCCGCAUGCGACGCAGUCAUACACCCACCUCCAGGAACAACAGCGCGGCAUCGAAAUACCCACCCAGCAGUAUGCCUCGUAUACCGAACCUCCCAGUUCGCCACCCCCGAACUCACCAGGGCCACUGCCUCUGAAAGUAAACCCCGAGGCUCCACCACGGAGCGAAACCAUGCCCAUUGUUCCGGACGAAAAUCCCCUACAGUCACCCAAGUCGCUGUAUUUCCCUCCACCCACCAGAGCGACAACAUCGCACCCUGCCCAACCAGAUGACCUGAGCGCAUACCACCAGCCUGGCCAAACCACCCAUCCAAAUCAGGAGAUCAAGGGAGGAGGAUGGAACAACGGACUGUGUGAAUUUUCGAAUUUCGGAAUCUGCUGUCUGGGACUGCUAUGUCCAUGCAUACUGUAUGGGAGGACACAACACCGACUCUCGAUGAAAUCGAAGAAGGAGGACCCGACCAAUAUGCUCGGAUACGAGACUUGCAAUGGGUCAUGCACGGGCAUGGGACUGCUAUGCGGAUGUCAAUGGUUAUUGGCCACAGUCCAACAUACGAGAACGAGGAAGGCAUAUGGCAUCCAGGGUAGUAUCGUGUCAGACUGCGUGCGGGCGACCUGCUGUACAUGCUGCACAUUGAUUCAGGACGAGAAGGAGAUCCAGAAGCGUGAGGAGUACCGAUCUCGCGUCGCUAGGGAACGGAGUGCGACUCUGCUCUCGCCGUAUACUACUCCCGGGCCGAUGUCGUAUGGCCCGCCACCGAGGUAA